AUGGCACUUCGCAGGCUUUCCUCCACCAUUAACAAACCUUUCUCCAAUGCCACUUCCAUUUAUCGCACGUCUUCUUCACUCUCCGCUCACGAAAAAGACAAAUCUCGUGCCGAUUGGACAAAGCAGCUCAACGAUCCUCUCGAGGUCGUGGAUCCAGAGAUCGCGGACAUAAUCGAACUCGAGAAAGCGCGCCAAUGGAAGGGGUUCGAACUUAUACCUUCCGAAAAUUUCACGUCGCUGUCGGUGAUGCAAGCCGUUGGAUCGGUGAUGACGAAUAAAUACAGCGAAGGAUAUCCUGGAGCUAGAUACUAUGGAGGAAAUGAGUACAUUGACAUGGCUGAGACCUUGUGUCAGAAGCGUGCGCUUGAAGCUUUUCGGUUGGAUCCGGCAAAAUGGGGAGUCAAUGUGCAAUCAUUAUCCGGAUCCCCUUCUAACUUUCAAGUUUACACUGCUUUAUUGAAACCUCAUGAGAGAAUUAUGGCACUUGAUCUUCCCCAUGGUGGACAUCUAUCACAUGGUUAUCAGACUGAUACCAAGAAGAUAUCAGCUGUCUCUAUAUUCUUUGAAACAAUGCCAUACAGAUUGAAUGAGAGCACUGGUUAUAUAGAUUAUGACCAGUUGGAGAAAAGUGCUGCACUUUUUAGGCCAAAAUUAAUAGUUGCUGGUGCCAGUGCCUAUGCUCGUCUUUAUGAUUAUGCACGUGUUCGCAAGGUCUGUGACAAGCAGAAGGCAGUUCUGUUGGCUGAUAUGGCACAUAUCAGUGGAUUGGUUGCUGCAGGUGUUAUUCCUUCUCCUUUUGAUUAUGCAGAUGUUGUAACAACCACAACACAUAAGUCACUUCGUGGACCACGUGGGGCUAUGAUUUUCUUCAGGAAGGGUGUGAAAGAGAUAAACAAGCAAGGGAAGGAAGUGUUAUAUGAUUAUGAGGACAAAAUAAAUCAGGCUGUUUUUCCUGGACUUCAAGGUGGUCCACACAAUCAUACUAUUGCAGGCUUAGCAGUUGCACUGAAGCAGGCCAUGACACCAGAAUUCAAGAAUUACCAAAAGCAAGUACUUAGCAACUGCUCAGCAUUUGCACAGAGUUUGUUAGAGAAAGGCUAUGACUUAGUAUCUGGUGGAACUGAGAACCAUUUAGUGUUGGUGAACUUACGAAACAAGGGCAUUGAUGGUUCCAGGGUUGAGAAGGUACUGGAAGCAGUUCAUAUAGCUGCCAAUAAAAAUACCGUUCCAGGGGAUGUAUCUGCAAUGGUUCCUGGCGGCAUUCGGAUGGGAACUCCUGCUCUCACAUCAAGGGGAUUUGCUGAGGAAGAUUUUAAAAAAGUAGCUGAAUACUUUGAUGCUGCUGUCAAGUUGGCCUUGCAGAUUAAGGAAAAUACUAACGGUACAAAGUUGAAGGAUUUUGUGGCAGCGAUGCAAUCAGAUGAACAAGUUCAAUUGAAGAUUGCUAAUCUCCGUCAUGAAGUAGAGGAUUAUGCUAAGCAGUUUCCCACAAUUGGUUUUGAGAUAGAAACAAUGAAGUAUGGUAAGUGA